AUGUUCAUCUUUCGGGUGCUUAACACCGUUCCCUACAGUAAUGAGGUAGCAGUGAAAGAUGUGAUUGCGCACAUUCACUCGUUUUUCACGUGUAAUCUCUUGAUUGGUCUUGCCGUGCUCGUCUCAUGGAAACAAUUUGGAGGGAAACCGAUCGAGUGCAUGGUUCCCACCGAUUUCACUCCGGCUUGGGUUCAGUAUGCCGAGAACUUCUGCUGGGCUCAGGACACAUAUUUUGUGCCGUUGAGUGAGCACGUGCCUACAAAUGAAACAAUUCGAAAGAGUGCACCAAAGAUCUCCUACUACCAAUGGAUGCCAUUUUUCUUGUUGUUCAACGCCGCUUGCUUUAAAAUGCCGUGUUUCAUUUGGAAGUACUUUGCGAGUCAAUCAGGAAUGCGAGUGGGAGAAAUUCUACGUACAGCUUCGGAUGACGAGAAUGCUGUGCCCGAAACUAAAAAGGGCAACAUUGAGGCUCUGUGCACUCAUCUCCAGGGUGGGCUCCGCUUUCAUAAACGAUUACACAAACGAAAAAUCCUUCCGCAUAAAGUAUUACGCUUUUUGAAUUUGAAAUACUCUACUUACUAUGUGACAUUCAUCUAUUUUAUGGCCAAGAUCGCCUUUCUGCUGAAUGUUGGCGUUCAAACGAAGCUGUUAAACAGGUAUGUACUUCCCGAGCAAACAUCUUCAAUGGGAUGGGAUGUGUGGAGAACGUUGGCUUUUUCGGAGAACCACACGCUACACGAGGAUGGUAUUUUCCCAAGGGUUUCACUCUGUGAUUUUGAGGUUCGAGAGACAGGAAACGUGCAAACGCAUACCGUGCAAUGCGUGUUGAUCAUCAACAUAUUCACUGAGAAAAUCUUCAUCGUUCUAUGGGCUUGGUACUUGAUCCUGGGUGCAUUCACUGCCGGAAAUCUCUUCUCUUGGUUCUUCAUCAUGUUCUCUGAGACAUCGAAAGAGCACUUUGUAAUUAGUCAUCUAGAAAUGGCAGAGAAGGAGUUCGAUAAGGAGACGAUACAAAACCGCACGAAGAUCGAUAAUUUUAUCAACGAGUAUCUGGGAAUGGAUGGGAUAUUUUUGUUACAGUUGAUUGCUCAACAUGCCGAUGUCGUUUUCAUCACGGAGCUCGUCGGCGCACUUUUCAGUAAACAUGACGAGAUCGAGCGGCAGCGACAAGCAAUCAAGCAAAUGAACAAAAUGCUUCCACCAACGAAGACUUCAUUAGAAGGAACACCGGCAGAGACGAGUCGAGUCAAUUCUCGGCAAGGAAAUCGACGAGACAGUUAUGUGCCGGGGAAAGCGAUGUUGACAAAAAAUGACUCUCUCUCCCAUGCCACCAGCGGUGUAACGAGAAGAAACGCUUCUUUGGAAGAUCUUGACAUUGUUACUGGCAAAAAUUUUGAGGAUAGUAGUGAUGAAGAAGAUAAAAAGGAAUCAAAGAAUUCAAAGAGAAAAGAGUCCGCACAAGAAGUCGAGUAUCAUCAUCAUUUGAAUCGAAACAAGCCCAGGAAUCCAUUGGCUCCUCAUGAAAGCCGAGAUGCCGAGUUGCGGAAAGCGCUGUUUUGGGCGAGUCAUUCAGGGGAUCCGAAUCGAUCCGAUCCUUUCCCCCAUCCAGCUUACAGUCGCUUUCAUGGUGCCUACGAUAAGGAUAAACGAAAUCAUAAA